GGAAGAACAUCUUACCAGCGUCGCUUUAUCACACAUUUAUACACACUAAAACCUAAAGAUCAUGGGUUGUUGUGCGAGCAGUCUGAAACUCAAGGAGCUGAGCCUGAACAGCAGCAUUUACAUGGCCGCUGGCGGAGGAUCUGGAAGUGGUCGCUCCCUGAAGCGACUAUAUAGCAGUCGGAACAGCAGCGGCGUGGGCAGCAGCUCAUCAUCGUCCUCGAAAAACUCCAGCCGCAGCAUUUGGAGCCGCUCCAGUCAGCCAAUUUGCGAUGAUUUUGCCGAGCAACCACAACUGGACCGAUCCUGUGGCUAUUACACCUGCAGCAGUGCCAAUUCCUCACCUCGUCGGGAUCCUGAGGAUCUGGAUGAGGAGGAGGAGAAGGGGGAUGGUGAUGGUGAUGGGGAGGUGCUGAUGCGCACCCAGGACAUGAGCGAGGAAUCCCGAAAUUCGAUUGAAUCCCAUCGAACAGUGGGCAACCUGGAGUGGGAGAUGUACAUGAUGCAGCAGGCGCAGCACAUAAUGCCCAAGACCUCGUCGCCCAUCAGCCAGCGGCGUGGCAAUGGCCCCGUUCCGGCCUCGUCCUAUCAAAAGUGGCGGACCUACCUGCAAUCCACACCAGCCCACAUGCUGCACAAUGUCACCCACAUUCCGGAGGCCAUUGCUGGCCACUUUUGCCCCACUGGCUUUCCGGGGUACAGCGAUCUGGAGGAAAUGGAGAGUGCGGCCAAGCGGUUCAAGGUGGACAUCGAGGAGGAGCCAAUGUACACCACCUACCAGCUGCUGGCUGGGCACACGCACACCAUCUCCACAGAUCUGUAAGUGUGCAAAUCAGGAAGUAGUAAUCGCACCAAUCGCACCAACUCCGCUUGGUUCGGAG